UGGGAUGUGGGUGGAGAAAGGUCAUAGUGCUCACUGAGUGAGACUUGCCUGCUCUCUGCACCCCGUCCUCUCCAUUCUCCAGCAUGCUGCGUCUGUGCUUCCCCGGAGGCUCCUGGAUGGCAGGACUGGUGGUGAUACUGAUGGUACUGAGCCCUCUCUUGGCUUGGGCCAGCGACACACCAUCGCCUUUCGUGGAGCAGUUUAAGUCCGAGUGUCACUUCACCAACGGGACGCAGCGGGUGCGGUACCUGCAGAGAUACUUUCACAACCGGCAGGAGUUCGCGCGCUUCGACAGCGACGUGGGGCAGUUCCGCGCGCUGACGGAGCAGGGGCGGCCGAGCGUCGAGCACUGGAACCGGGACAAGGACUACAUGGAGCAGAGGCGGGCCGCGGUGGACGCGUACUGCAGACACAACUACGGGGUGUUCGAUGGAUUCCUGGUGCAGCGGCAAACCUCACCUACAGUGACUGUGUACCCUGCAAAGACACAGCGCCUACAGCACCACAACCUCCUGGUCUGCUCUGUGAAUGGUUUCUACCCCGGUAACAUUGAAGUCCGGUGGCUGCGGAACGGCCAGGAAGAGGAGGCUGGGGUGGUCUCCACCGGCCUGAUCCGGAAUGGAGACUGGACCUUCCAGAUCCUGGUAAUGCUGGAAACCGUUCCCCAGAGUGGGGAGGUCUACACCUGCCAAGUGCAGCACCUGAGCCUGACGGACCCUGUCUCUGUGGAGUGGAGGGCACAGUCUGAAUCUGCACAGAGCAAGAUGCUGAGUGGAGUUGGGGGCUUCGUUCUGGGUCUGCUCUUCCUUGGGGCGGGGCUGUUCAUCUACUUCAGGAAUCAGAAAGGACACUCUGGACUUCAGCCAACAGGACUCCUGAGCUGAAGUGACAAUGGUGACGCUGGAGGAAGAGAGAACCUUCUGUCCCCACUUCUUCACAGCAUGGGAAGCUUUCCUGCUUGGCUCUUACUCCACAAAGAGAGUGCUUCCUCAGGAUCUGCUAUGGUCCUGGUUCAGUGACCCUGCCGAUCACAUCCUCCCUGCCGGCUUCCUCAGUCCCUGCCCUUGACCUGGAAGUCCUCGUAUCGACCAACUGCAGAGCCUUACUUACUUUUGUUCCUUCCCUGGUCCCUCUGUAUUCAACCCUUACUGUCUCCUAUGCACUUGAAUUUACCCUCUGCCCACAUUUCUUUAUAAAAUUUUCCCCAAUUAAUAUGGAGUGAAAAUCA